GGCCGAACUCACCCAUGUACACAAUCAUACAUGUGGACGUAUACGCCGGAAGCCUCUUGCCAAACCGCCAGCACACCUUGGGCCGCAUGACAGGGAGUCCAACUGUAUCCACUGGGGCGCGCACCACUCUUGGCACAAACCAGGUCCUUGAAGCCCGACUCUCGGCACAAGUGUCUGGCUUCCGAUAUAAAGGCAAACCGCUGCUCAGGCCCAUCCGGAGAUGGUCUUCCCCUCCUUCCUCACACUUUGCGGAGCAGACCACAGUAGCACGCGCGACAGAAACACCAACAAGAAUACCACAGGAACACCAACAAGAUCACCAAUAAGAACAACAACUUGUCUCUUUUAUCCUGAAAAAAGCAUCGGGAUGUGCCCGGUUGCGGCAGAGAACGCACACGUGGAUUAUGUUGAACGGGAGCGGCGCUUGGAUCAGUUACAGGAGCAGUUGAUCAAGGAGCAGAACAAGGUGGACGAGGCGCGAGAGCGGUUGAUCGACGAGCAGGAGCGGUUGGACGAGCAGGAGCAGCUGUUGGACGAGCAGGAGCAGCGGUUGAUCGAGAAGCAGGAGCAGUUGGACCAGGAGAAGAAGCGGUUGAAGGAGGAGCAGGAGCUUGAUACACUGACUGCGCGGCUGCAUGCUUUGAGCGAGGGCGGCAAUGUAGAUUGUCGAUUCCGUUUAUGAAACGAGUGAAUACAAGAACG